CGGCGGCACGCGCGCGGGCUCGGAGACGGAGACGGAGGCCACGCGCUCCUGACGAACUGGCGGCGGGGAGGGAGGGAGGCGGAGAGGGAUGGAGGGGUGGCGGAAGAAGGUCGUGGUCCGGGCGCGCCGCGCGUGGGCCGCCGUCUCCGGCCGCAUCCGCGUGCAGAACCAAGGCAGCGGUGGCCUCCUGAAGCUGCAUGAGGACGUGCAGACCUGCGACUACAAGGACGUGCAGGUCAUGUUCGAGAUGCUGACGUCGGAGCUGGAGGCGUCGCACGCCAGGAAGCAGCAGCAGCUGCUGUCCCCGUCCCCUCGCACGCUGCCGACGCCGGCGUGGCCCGGCAGCUCGCCGCCGGAGAAGCAGUAGAGAGAGAGCAGCAGCAAGAAGAAGAGGAGACCAUGCGCUUGCAAUGCAUGGCACUCGAAAGAAGAACAUUGUUACUGAACUUUCUUCUUUCUUUCUUUCUGCCAGUUUUAGUACUACAAAACUAGUCAUGGAUUGCUGAUGUCCUCUGCAUCAGCAGCCAUCCGUCCCCCUGCCCUUCUGUCAGUCUGCUCCGGCAAAAGAGCGAGAAAUUUCAGCAAUAAGAAGAAGAAGAAGAAGAAGAAGAUGGUGAUGGUGAGAGGCUGAGGAGAGCAUCAGAUUUUGAGGUGUUCUAUGAGCCUCGUGUGUUUGUGUUUGUGUGUGUGUGUGUGUAAAUAGAGCUGCUGCUGAAUUUAUGUUAUCGGUUUGGAAGGAAGAGGGAGCAAGAGGGGUUCAUUUUCUGUUAUCGGUUUGGCAAAAUUUAUGUGCUUCAGGUGUACAUUUCUUUGUGUUUUGUCUGUCUGUUUCUGCGUGUGUUUUGAAGGAGGCUGGCUUCAGUUUGAUCAGUUCCGGUUUCAACAGAAUGAUCAUAUCCAUAUAUGCUCAUGAGCAAUAGGGAUUUGAUUAUCUGGUUGUUUAAUUGGGAAACUUGAUUACCUGUUUGGUUAAUUGGGCAUUUACUGUCCUACAAACCUCCGUUUGGAGCAUUAUUCUGACAUAAUAAUAUUAAUUAGAAGUAAAAGCUACAGAA